AUGGUAGACAACUUGGACUUGCCACCUGUGCAUCCUGGACCAACCUCGGAUCAGAUAUUAGUGUUACAGGGCGACCAUAGGUCCGCCUACGUAUGGGAGGGACAUCUAGUGGAUCAGACUCUCCGCGCCAGGAGACCGGACGACUUGUGGGACUUUUUGAGGGAGAGAGCUUUCCAUCCUCGCGUAGUCGAGCGCCUCAUUACUACGGGCUUCUAUAGGAUUUUUGAGAUUGGGCGGCUGCAGCUCGACUGGUCUCUCAUCACGGCGUUGAUAGAGCGGUGGCGACCAGAGAUGCACACUUUUCACCUGCCCACUAGAGAGGCCACCAUCAUGCUUCAGGAUGUUCAGGUUUUAUAUGGGCUGCGUGUUGAUGGACUGGCCGUUGCACUGCCCCACUAUCAGACAGCAUAUGGAGGUAUUGCACCCCGACAUUACCGGCGAGACAGAGGAUCUCCAUAUUCACCGGUACACGAGCUAGAUGAGUUACCCCAGUACAGCUGGGGUGCUGCUGUUCUCGCAUACCUGUACAGGAGUAUGUGUCGGGCUAGCAUGGGCACCCAGCCACCUCUACCACCAUUAGAGCUGGGUGUAGCACCUCCGUUUCUCCCUCUAGCUAGGAGGUGGGUUCUCCGGCAUGGGAACUACCGAGGCAGUGAUGCUCAUCGUAAUCUCCCGCUUGUCAGGGAUGUGUUGGAUAUGUUGGAGGCCCGACAGUUCAUCCGGACGCCAUACAACGACGAGUUGCUAGAUGAUCUUCCCGAUUAUUGCUCGGUCGACCGACUGCUUUGGAGCAUUUUUGUCCCGAUGAUGUGCCUCAAUGUUGUGGAGCAUCAUGCCAUAGAGCGUGUACUUCGCCAGUUUGACCGUCCCCAGACUAUACCGAGGGAGUCUGCAGGGUGGCUACACAUUAUCAGCGGGAUGAUCGUUCGAGGUUGGACAACGAAUUUGUAG